UAUGUAAAUUAUGGAUUAUUAUUUCUUUAAUUAUCUAAGCAGAUCAUAUUUUUGUCGGUAUUAAUACAGUACAACGUAUAAUUUUCGAGAAAUAAGAGAGUGCCACUUUUAGGCCUAUGUCACUGUCGGUGACCGUUUUUUAAAUAUACUUACUACACACACACACACACACACACACACACCACACAAACUAAAAUAAACUACUUUGAUUGAGAUUAUGACGUAAGAAUCAGCACAUUUCUCUCAUUUCCAGCUUGAUUUGCAGCAAUUAAACGUAGUUGUAUUUGACUGACAACGAAAUUGAUCAUUUGACUUUGUACACACGGAUGAUCCGCGGCUCUUGCCAUCGAAGGCUCUCGAUUUGCGAAAUUCGUUGCGUGCCACAAUGUAACGGAUUAAACAAAUGCACGCACAGUUAACUACAAAUUGUCUUGUCGAAGGUCGGCGCCGCAUGGAAACGAUCUUGCGUCGUCUUCUUCAUCAUGUUAACGUCCAGCGUGGGCGAGAGCCCUCCUCUUGUAGUGCUCACGGACGAGAUAGAAACUGACACCGCGAGAACUUUUUAGAGGCGACAAAAAACUUUCGAUUCUUCGAUUCAAGUGUCUCCCGACAAAUUAUCGUGCAGUCAAGCGACUGCUAUCCCGCAGGUACAUGGAUUUUGGAUCUAAGAUCAAGAUCAAUAUCGAUAUCGACCGUCGCGCGCGCACGUCAUAAAAUGCAGAUUAUCUGGUGUAGUGACAGUGAGUGAUAGCAGUCGCGCGACUAUGCAGAUCAUUUUCGCCAACAAUUCAUCAUGUAUAGAUAUGUCGACCUCGGUCUAUGAGACGAGAGACUUGUGACGAAUGUACGAACUGACGACGGACGAAGGAUGAUCCGCCUCAUCGGGUUCAACGGCUACACAACCGCGAACGUUUAACCGCUCCGUGCUCCAAUAUCGUUUUGUCCGCAUGGCAGCUCCGUCUCGUUCAGUCGGGCGUCCGGUUUUUAUCGAUCUACCGGCGAGUAUCUUUUAUUAUGUUCAAAGAGCGUUGCCUAAUCGGUGAAGAAUACGAUAUCGGUCAUUCAAAAACAGUGUUUCGUUCUCCUUGUCACCGUGCAGUGCAGUGAACUCUUACUUUCUAUCAAGAAACGAUCUUGAAUCCUCGCGGCGGAUUUGUUCAUAAGGAUUAUAAAGGGGUCAUGGCAGUAAAAGAGUGGUUCAGGAGGCUACAGCCAGUGCAACUGUACCUGGUGCUGUUCUUCACCUCGGCUUUCUUCUUGGUCGAGAUUAUCGCCAGUCACGUAACGCACUCGCUAACUUUGCUCCUCAAUGCUUAUCAUAUGCUUUGCAACAUCGUGGCACUCGUCGGCUGCAUCGCUUCGAUCAAGUAUAGCUAUCGAGAAAGAUACAGUAGCAACAGUUCACUGGGAAACUCGUCUAUCUGUAUAAACGGCGAAGAACUAGGAUCUGGCACGUCAUUAUCAACGAAGACAAAGGAAUCAUGGUCAGACAGAAGAAUGAAAAAUACAUUUGGAUGGGCCCGAAUCGACAUCGUUACUAUGCUCGUCUGCUGCGUUUUCCUCGCUUCUUUUUGUUUUUCUUUGCUGAUGGAAGCAUUACAAACAUUAGUGCAUAUUGAUCACCUGGAUGAAAUGCAUCACCCGUUGCCAGUGCUGUGCAUCGGCGUUUCUGGGAUUCUUUUAAAUGUGUUCUGUUACAUCUUAAUUGGUGGAUUCACGUUUAAUCAAGGCAUCUUCUUACAUGUCACGAAGAGUGGUGACGUAAUAUUAUGCAGAAAUGUGGGUUCCCAAGAAACAAAAGAUGGUGAACAACAAUUAUCAGCACAGACCAGGCGAAGUCCGUUGGCGAUACCAAAAAGCGAAGGUUUAAGAGAAAUGUGUCGAGAUAUUCUCGGAUGCGUUUUUGUAAUAUUAGUGUCAAUUUUAGUUUAUUUCACCGAUUCCGAUGUGGCCAAAUAUAUCGACCCGGUCUUCGCCAUUAUUUCAUCAAUUUCAUUAUUCGUUCUUUGCUACCCAUACAUGAAAGAGUCUGGUUUAAUUUUGCUGCAAACAAUCCCUAAUCACAUCAAUAUUGAUAGUCUUAAAAGAGAACUACUGGAAGCUUUUCCGGGUAUUGUAAAUGUACAUGAUCUACAUGUGUGGCAGUUAGCAAAACAUCAAGCUAUUUGUACAGUCCAUAUUGUUUUUCUUAAUCCAAUGGUUUAUGCUAGUAUUACAGAUCAAGUUACUGCCUUUUUCGUUGAAAUGGGCAUCACGCAGGUCACUAUACAGCCGGAAUUUCAUAAAAUGAAGUCAAAUACGGAGAAGACUGAUUGCUUGAUUCGUUGUCAUGGAGAACACUGCAGUUCUUCCCAAUGUUGUUCGCGAGAAAAUUUCUUGGAGAACACAUGCAAGUCGGCAAAAGAUACACAACACAUCAUCAGCAGGAAGUACGAUAAAAAAGAGAUAAUACCAACCGCAUGUGCGAUUAGUUUAGAAAAGUUUACUGUCUACAAGGAGGAAACUCUAGAGCAAACUGUAAAUACUACAAAAGCUGAAAAAUCUACACACAAUCCGACAAAUGAAGAUACACGUCGCUCAAACGAUAAACAAAUACAAAGUACUGUAAAUGUCAGUCCCGAAGCUAGUUCCUCUUCGAGAAGUCUAACCGAUCGGAUAUCCACAAAUAUUGUGAAUAAUACUGAUCAAACAUGUACAACUGCCGAUAGCAACUUGGACCACAACAUAUCUUAACUUACUCAUAGAUAAUAGUUUCAUUUAAUAGUUCUUUUAAUCUUGACAGGCCUUGCUGAAAGAAAUUAUACGUGACAUUCACACAAUGGAUGAUAAUUUUCAAGCUACUCCCAUAAUUAAUAUAAAAAAUUACAAAUAAAUGUAUACUAAUUUUAACUAGGACUCAGAUAAAUUCGAACGUAUGUUUGAUCUAUUCGAACAGUCCGAAGUAAGAAAGGAAUAAGCAUAAGUUCGAAUAUUUUAGAUAGUUUGGACAAUUCAAACUUAAAUAGUAAUCGAUAUAAAGUCAAUUCGUUAUGUUUGAAGUUUGAACAAUUCGGACAAUAAAGUUUGGAAACAUAGCAUACGUUGGAAACAAAAAAACUAUUUUUUACAAAUCUUUUCUAUUAUAGUACAUUAAAAAAUAUAGGUUUAAAUUAUAAUAAUUUUGAACUUUCAAAUCUAAAGUGAAUUCAAACAAUUUAAACAUAAUUUAGUAUGAAAGAUUGAAAUUACUUAUUUGACAUGUUUAAUCUUAAGAUUCAAACUAUCUAAGCUAUUUAUUUGAUGUUUCUAAACACUACAUUUAAAUAUAAACUAAUAAUAAACUAGUGACUACAUUAAUUAAAUGAAAAUAGAUACAA